CCCGACACGUCACAUCCAAGGACGCUGGAAGGAGCUUGUUUCGAUCUGCGCACCACAGAGAGGGAACAACCGCUUCACUGAUCACAGACCUUCAAUAGUCAAUGAUUACGUUCUGAAAGCAUACUAGAGCAUUUAAUUCACAUGUUAACCAUGAAGCGCGGACUUUUUCACUUUUUAAUAACUUUCCCUCUCAUCAGUGGAUCACCUUUACAACAUAGCAUGUUCCGCGGAAACGCAUAUUCUGGCACCGAAACACGACAGAGAAAUAAAAACUGGUGCGCCUACGUCGUGCACAAGAACGUGAGCUGUGCCGUUGUUGGAGGCACGGAGAGUUUCCUGCAGCCAGAGGUUUUGCCGUGUCCACCGGAGCUGCCAAGUUGUGCGCAACAAGUGAUAUAUCAGACACACUUUAGGCCAAUGUAUAAGAUUGCAUACAAGACCAUAACAGAGCUGGAGUGGAGGUGCUGCCCGGGUUACCAGGGCCACGACUGCCGGGAGGUGAAAGACAUAAAGCUGCUUCAAGUGGAGCGUUUACCUCAUGCUCCGUCUGCCUCUGGACAUAUUCCAGUGCCACAAGCUCCAGAACAGCAAACAGAGACCCAGAGGAACCAUCCAUGGGGAAGAGCAGAGCAGUUUGCAGAUCAACCAGGUCACAGGCCACUGGAGGGUCAUGGAGCAUCUCAAAGUGUACAACACCUGGAGGAGGAGGUGCAGCGACUAUCCCACAUGGUCCUUAACAUGCAAGCAAGAAUGACAGACAUGUCCUCCAGUCUGAGACUUGAUCUCCAAGAGGAUGCCAGUAAAAUGCUGGUUACGCUGCUGAGUAACUACAGGCAGCCUGUCAGUGCCAGAGGCGCAGAGACCCACACCGUUCAGGUUCAGGACUUCUCUUUUGGACACGAGACAACGCAGAUGGACGACGUCAUGAACAAGAUCAGCCAGGUCACAGACGAUCUAGAGUCCAAGAGCAAUACCCUGGAUGACCUGCUUGGCCGUGUCAACCGUCAUGAUGGACAAAUUCAUCUGUUGAUGGAGGCCAUUCACAACCGGCUGUCGACACCCCCUCCUGCUCCCCCAGCCAGUCCUACAGACCUACAUGCCUACCUGGACGAGAAGAUCCGCGCUCUGAGAGAGGAGUUAAUGGAGGGCAUCGACAUCAAAAUGGCAGACAUGAAGAACUCCUGCGAUUAUAAAAUCAUGUCAGUUCAGGAGCAGUGUGAGGGACAAGAAACCAACUACCUCAGCCUGGCCGAGCUCAUGGACUCCAAGGAAACUGACCUGCGCAAAGAGAUCCAGGACCUUAAGACCAAGCUGGUUGAGCCAAGAAAGGAAGACACCCGUCCUGUGGAGAACCUUGAGAUCUGUCUGAACUCAUCUGAGAACACCGUAGUGAACCAGUGCCUCUCUGUUGAGGAGAAGCUGAAAAAAGAACGGGCCGAGGUUAUCAAAGACCUGAAAGAGACUCUGGAGAAAAAGCUGGCCUCCAUGGAGGACAAACUCACCACCCUUUUGGUAAAUACCAGCACCGACUCCCCAUCUGGCAGUCUUUGGACUGUUGUAGAAAACCUUCAAGAAGACUCCCAGAGCUGCAUAACUGCUGUAGAUGCUAUGGAGAGUAGUCUUAAAGGCCAGAUAAAUGGCCUUGGAGCAAUGGAGGAGCAACUCCUCAACUACAGCGGCAGUGUUGAGCACGUACACAGCGAGUUGAGCCAUCUGAAAGGGCGUGUGGGCAGGUUGGAGGACUCGCUAUCAGAUGUAGUCCACUGGCAGUCUCGGGUGUCUCUAAUCCUUAAUUCCACCUGGGGUGAAGUUAAAGCGGGGCCUUCACAGGAGGCCGAGGACCUUCUGGAGCUUCACAGGACCCAGCAUCAAGAGCUGAGAAAGCGUCUGGAUGAGCUGAGCAGGGAAGUGAAAGCCAAGGCCGACCACUGCAAGAACCACACAGAAGAUGUCGGGAAGGUGAUUGCACACAUGGACAGCCGCGUUGUUAGUGUGGAGAGUUUAUGUGGCAAGCUGGAUCCCAUCUCCAGUAGCCUCCAGAGGAUCAAAGAGGGUCUGAAUAAACACGUCACCGGGUUGUGGACUUGUGUCAACCAGCUCAAUAGCACAGUUAGAGCUCACGCACGAGAUAUCGGAGGAUUGAGGGGAACUUGUGAGAACCUCCAGAACCACAUCUCUAAUGCAGACAGAGAGCUCCAGGUGCUGAUGAACAGCAAACCUGGGAAGACAGGUGUUCAGGUUGCUGUGGAGGACGGUUUAGAUAAGAGUCCUGCUGGGGCGCUUGGUCCUCCGCUUGCCUCCAUUCCACAACCACCUGUGAUAGAGACCGGAGAGGCGGGACCCCCUGGCAAGAUGUCCUCGUCCAAGUUGCCCAAGGGGACAGUUGGCAGCAUGAUACCUGUACAAGGCUUUGCUGGAGCUCCAGCCUCUGCGGUCAAAUCUACUGGCUCGCUAAAGCCCAGCAUGCCACUCAUCUCAGAGGUGAACACGGCCCACAGACUAUCACCACAGGAACCUGCCUCUGCUUCAGGUGAGAAGGUGUCCUUCUCAGCGGGUCUGACUCUCCCUCCGUUCCAGGGAGAGAUUGGAGUCAUUCGAUUCAACAAAGUGCUGGUCAAUGAUGGAGGACACUAUGACUCUCAUACAGGUAUCUUCACAGCUCCCACCGAUGGCCGCUACCUGGUGACCGCUGUGCUCACAGCCCAGCGCGGUGACGGGGUCGAGGCCGUCCUGUCUGUGUCCAAUCAUAGCAUCCAGAGGUUGGACUCGACGGGCUUCUUUUCAGAAGGUUCGCCGCCCUCACAUGAUCGGUGUAACUGCAGCAGUUCAGCCUCACUGAGUCUGGUUCUGUCGCUGAGGAGAGGAGAUCGAGCAGGACUGGUCUUGACUGCUGGAAAACUCGGCAGCUCAGCGUCCUCUGAGAUCUUGUCAUCUUUCAGCGCUGUGCUUCUCUACCCCAGCCCAUCAAAACGGUAGCCCUGCCCUCUUUAAAGACUCCUUAUAUAAGCCAUGAGUUGAGUAUGGUGGACAUUACUUGCGACACAUUAAAGCUAAUGGGAAUAUUACAUUAUCAGAGGAGGGAAAGAAAUGUCUUUACCAGCACAGAAAAAUGUUAAAUGAGAUUAUUUCUAUUUCUCAUUAGUACUUAUACAAUAUAUAGUGUGUGUAUACAUUGCAAUUAUUUUAUAUUUUCAAUGUGAAGUUUCGUCUAUGUCUCAAAUCUUACACAUUUAUUUGUGUUCAACUGCAGUAAUCAGUUUUUCCUUAGUAUUUAAAAACUGUAUAUUUUAAGUACACCACCUAGUAAUGCUGAUGUUACUGAGUUGUGCUAAUAUUUGAAUUCCAGUUGAUCUAAUUUGUUCAUUGCUUACUUAGCAACUCAGUUAGUGUUUAUUUUAUUGGAAACAUCCUACUGUUUUACUAUUGCAUAUAUUUCUUAUUGGUGCAAAAUAAGCUUUGUUUCAAAUACGAUUUUUGUUUUAAUUAAUGCAACAAUCAUAAUUUGAUUUAACAGUUUAUUACUACAACAUUUUAUAAUAUGUAUACAGAGUUCAUACUUUACCUAUUAACUUAUAGUACUUAUACUUAAAUAAAUCAUGUUUUCUGAGCUCAACUCUUAGAAAAUCUAGUAAAUAGAAAACAGAUUAAAUGUAUUUAUCAAAACAGUCAUCCAAACAUACUUGGGCUUACAUUGUUACAUCACAAUGUAAAUUGAAUUGCCAUGAGAUAAAUUACAAUAGUCAACAGAAAACCCUUUAAGCAGCAGCAAAUCUUUCCACUAAAAAGUGAAAUAAGACUACUAAACCAAGAAAAGAAUGUGUUCUUCUCACACAAAGUUCAUCACUUUCAUAGAAAGAAUGCAUUAAACUUCACUUACAGCUGCACAACUGAGCAUGACAAGGUUAUAAACAAAGAGGCCUAGCAUUGAAAUGACAAAAUCAAACAAGUCUGUCAAAAACUUCAGCAAAAGAUUAAUCAAAAAUACUUUUCUACAGUUAGUCUAAUCAAAGCUUGAUUUUUGGAAAAAUAAAUACUUUUUACCAAAUAGCAGCAGUAUCUACAGUAUAGAAAGUGCUUUUUUAAAACUGCACUAAUGCAAUUAUUAACUAUUUCUUUCACAUUUUUUCUUAUAGUGCAAAAUCAUUAAGCUUUGGAACAAAGAUGUAAGACAUUUAUUGCGAACAUUAAAGAGUGGAUAAGGCCUUAAAGGGAU